GCUUGAGCAUGCAUGCGGUGAUUGAGCAUUGAAGCGUCUAAAACGUCCUAGCCAAAUUGAUCAUUUUUUUCCGAUUCGAUCAUCUGUUUAAAGUGAAAUUUUUCUCCAUCCCACUCCAUACAAGAAUCCGUGGUUCACUUGCCUUUGAAUAUUCUGGACUUGAAGAUAGAACGAUGUAGCUUGUUAAUAAUAUAAGUAUGUUAUGCCGUUAGAUAAUGUCUGUGGGGGUAAACAGUCAAGCGUCGAUUCAACUGCGAGUAGGCCGUUAUCACAACCAAAGCUGACUGGCUCCUCUUUGUCCUUUGCGCGUUCUUCCUACACUAGUCGAAGUAAAAACAGACCGUCCGCGUGUGAAUCGGCGAACCGUUACCAGCCAAUUGGGGGAGCCGAGUGUUACGGUAUUCUGACUAUUUCGUAAAAAAAAAACAACACUGUAUUAAAGCUAUCGGCCAAUAUUUGCGAAUCGUGAUCAGAUUCCUCGCUGAUGCUCAGAAAAUCAAUUACCAGAGUUCUUGGGUCCCAUAGUAUAGGAAAAACAUUAGGUUAGUUUUAAGCCUAGCUUUUGAUGUUCUUGACUUAGAUGAAAUUCACUGAAUCACGAGCGUUUAUUGUUUUGACUUUGCAUGCCAUCAGAGUCAUGCCAUAAAAGAGUAAGCGCUUCAAAUGAGCUGUUUAUCGCGAGGAAGGCAACCUCGAGUAACCUCUCUUUAACGGCAUCAAAUUUCGCCCCCAAGAUCUUGGAUUUGCUGAUUUGCUGCUUGAAGUCAACUUGUGAAACUGGUCCUAAUAGCCGAGGCUACAAAGCAAAGCGACAACAAUUAUUUGGUUUAAUUACUAGUUCAUCAUCACCUUGGACAAUAAGACUAUAUAUACGCGAUCCCUUAGAUUGCGGCACGCAAUGGCCAUCUUGAAGAUCCUUGUAGCUUCUGUGUACUGAAUGGAGAGAAUAGGACGUCGUUACUAAGGGUGAAAGAUUUAUGAGAUGACGAAAGAAAACGAGGAAAUUCCUUCAAACCAAGAAUCUAAUUCCAAGAGUCAAAUCAAAAAGGCUCCCAGCUUUAGGAAUCCAAAUCUAGGGAAUCGCGUUAUUAUCAAUAUUUCUGGACUCCGUUAUGAGACAUAUGACCGAACACUCGAAAGAUUCCCAGAGUCUCUGCUUGGCAAUCCACAGAGGAGAGAAAAGUUUUACGACCACGAGAGAAAAGAAUACUUUUUCGACAAGAAUCGGAUUUGCUUUGAGUCCAUAUUGGCUUACUAUCAAACUUGUGGAGUGCUCAUACGACCCACAAACAUCCCAAGAAAGGUGUUUGUCAGUGACUUGAAGUUUUUUGACUUGGGUGAAGAUGCCUUAAGUCAAGCUGGAGACGACUUAGACGUUGCUUUCACUCCCGAGGCUCGUCCUAUGCCAAAGAAUAAGUUCCAGAGAAAAAUUUGGUCUAUAUUUGAGCACCCAGAUACGUCAAAUUGGGCUCGAGCGAUGGCGAUAUUUUCAGUUACUGUAAUUGUUCUUUCUAUUGUUCUGUUCUGUGUCGAAACUCUGCCCCAAUUUCAGCCAAAACCUCAAAGAAAGUAUAACUCGACUUUGGGAUAUGAGGAACCGGUGCCAAGGGAAAAACAGAAUUCUGCAUUUUUUGUGAUUGAAGCAUUUUGUAUUGCUUGGUUCACGCUUGAAUACACCGUUCGCUUGUUGUGUUCGCCAAGUAAAUGCAAAUUUCUGGUGUCUGUCCUUAAUAUAAUUGACUUGGUAGCAAUCCUGCCUUUUUUUGUAACACUACCUAUGAAAGAGCCAACAAGUGUGUCAUCCUUAGCGAUUCUCCGUUGCGUUCGGCUCGUGAGAGUGUUUCGAAUCUUCAAACUUUCGCGUUACUCAAGGGGUCUUCAAAUUUUGGGUCACACACUCAAGGCAAGUCUACGAGAAUUAGGACUGUUGUUCUUCUUUCUCUGUGUUGGGGUUAUUUUAUUUUCUAGUGCUGUUUAUUAUGCUGAAUUCGGGAGCUCUCCGACGGAGUUCCGAAGUAUACCCCAUUCAUUUUGGUGGUCGAUUAUCACGAUGACUACAGUCGGUUAUGGCGAUAUGGUACCUAAAACACUUGGUGGUAAGCUGGUAGGCUGUUUUUGCGCCAUUUCAGGAGUGUUAGCCAUCGCUCUUCCAGUCCCCGUCAUCGUAUCCAAUUUUGCUUAUUACUAUUCUAGAGAACACAACAGAGGAAACGGCGACAAUGGCGAUGAUGACGAUGAUGACAUCCCUCCGCAGAAAGAAAAUGUUGAGAACGGAGAUUCUUCAGUGGACAAGUUCAAGUGCUUUGGGAACAGAAUACGUUCUCGAACGUCCAAGAAACAGGAAAAGAAGCGAAGGGAAAAUGAACGAAGUGGUGAAAUUGAGAUGGAUGUAAAGAAUGGAAAUGCUGGGAAAAAAGAGCAAGAGAAGAAAAAUGCCGAUGACACUCAAGCUCCAGAACUUGAAAAAAACGACAAAACAGGAGUCUAAAAACAAUAUACCAGGAGAAAAACCAUCACUAAAGAAAGCAGAAGACAAGCUAUUUCAGACAAAACAAGAAAAUGAAAAUGCAAAACUGUCUGGUGAAACUUCACCAAGUUUAGUUAAUUCAGAGACUAACGUCUGACUGAAAGAAUAUUCAUGCCAAUGAAAAAUAAAUCACAAUUUAUAUAUAUUUCGAAUUUGCAAACGAAUGUGAGUUUUACAAGACGGUGUCAGGUUCUGGAAUUAAGAUAUUCCUGGGUGCAUUGAGCACCUAUCCAAAGCGUAGGGUUUGGUAUACAAAACUUAGGAUAUUAUAAAGUAUUUCAAGAUUAUAUCCGUUAAUAAAUGGAGAAGAGCACUAUUAUGAAUUAGUUCAGGAAUUGAAAGAACCAGUAGACAGAACCAGGCUCUCAGUUUUUUCAAGAACCAUACAUGCAAUGCCGAAGCUCAAAAUACCUUGGCUCACUCAAGGCAAGAACAAGGCAAGGCAAGAACAAGGCAAGGCAAGAACAAGGCAAGGCAAGAACAAGGCAAGGCAAGAACAAGGCAAGAACAAGCGUGAGCUCUCGUGAAAUACAAGAACGAGGGUGGAUAAAAACAUUAGUAACUUUUGUCUGAAAAGAGCAAAAUCAUAUAGAAGAGCUUUAAGCAAACUAUAUGAGAUUUCGUACGACUAUGGAGCAAGGAUAUUUCUGAAGAAACAUCGAGAGCAAUAGCUAGGACUCUCGUCCAGAAUGAACACAACCGACUGGGCAUAAAUAUAUGAAGGACCUUUAUAUGCUAGGGAACUAAACUAGCUAUGGGCGUUCUCAUAGGUAUCUCCUAGGUGCCAGGGUGCCUCCCGAGGAACACGAAAACGACUGCUAAAAGUUUUUCACUUCUCGACAAAUGAACGCACGUGGUUUAGAUCCAAGAACCCUAAAGCCAUAGCAAAGGAAAAGCAACAGCUCUUUCAGGUCUGGAACCUGGAGCGUGUCUUCACUGGAGCGAAUUAUGACCCGUGUAAGGAGUCCGGGGCUUUUCGUAAAGAGGACCAACGUGCACCUUCAGCUAGAGUACUUCCUUAUUAAACAUAAAGGUUCUGUUAUUGAUUAAUUGAGCCUCGAUGUAUCCUCAAGAAUAGGCCACUCUGAAUCGUGUUGACACGAAGAAAGAGUGCCUCUAGAAUAUAAGAAAACCAAAAAAUGGUCCUGCUGUAUAGGCACGUCAACACAUGGCCAACUAAUGGACAACUAAUUCGAAUACUAAGAAGUAAACCUGCCAAGACUGAACUCGAAACCCAGAAGAAAUAAAAGACACCAAAGUGAAAAUUAUUUAGAAGGAAUAUAAGUACGGUCAAGACAGAUGCAGAUAAAUUUCGCCUUACCUUACUCCCGCGCGUCAUCAACUUGCGCGCGUGCGCUCUUUCUUUUUCGUUUUUAGUGAUCAAAAUAAAUGGAAAGAGCGCGCGCGCGAGUAGGGUAAGGCGAAAUUUAAACUGCAUCCGGUUACUAAAAAUAGCCCGACCGGGAAUUUGCAUGGCGCGCGCGUUAUGAAGAAGUUUCCCUCUCUUAUUUAUGUUCUCUUGGUACGGUGCACUGCGUUUUGAACUCCCAAGAAUAUGUGGGCCUAAAUGAACAAUGUGUCCCUUCAGGAUUGGUGCAUUGAGCACAAUACAGGCAGACAAAAUCAAGGUGAAAGAUAAAGAAAAACCCAAAACCCGUGGUACGGUACACGGGAAUAUGUAGAUAGAUCUGACACCAUUCGCGUAGGAAUCAGACUGGUAUUUAUAUACAGCAGCUUCUUCUCUGGCGUAGCGAGAGUACAACGCAUUUAGUUGGUUGGCGCAUUCUUUAUAGUACAAGCUUUCAAAAGGAGGAGACUCAUGAAUCUUCUCAGUAGCACAAGGCUUUUUGCCAUCCCAAAAUAAACCGGCCAAAAAUUAAUGAAUCCUCUUUCAGGAAUUUUAAGACAGGGGUUUCGCCCCCCUGUCCUAUCCCCUUACCUACGAUAAUGGACAGCUUGCAGUUUCUUUAUACGAAUGUAAUGAGGUUUUUAAAUAAUAGCAACAUAACAAAGCUUAGUAUAAACUUAUGACAAUAGAAUUCUGUAAAAAAAAAAGAAAAAAAAAAAAAAGAAAGUUUAGAUAUAUUUUUGGUAUUAUUUUCUACUCAAAUAUAUACUCCGAAAGGCAUUCACGAAAGGCCCAUCUUUACGAAAAUCCGAAACACACCAGGGGCUGAGCCCUAUAGUAGAUUGUGUCAGGAUUAUCGAUUUUAGGCCAUAAUCGGUUUCCCUAUCUUUAUAGAAAGCCUAGAUAUUUAAACCUAUAUCUAGAUCUUCAUGCUGUGAAAGUUGCCUAUAACUUGCCAUCUUAGCUAGAAUUACAAGUUUCUUGAAAAAUUAAAGCUCUCACUGCAACCUGUCUCUCAACAGCCGGUUGUGACACAA